CAGAUGCUGAUGAUGAUGGAGAACGGCGGCGGGAUGGACGCGCAUCAGGUUGAACGUGACGGGGAUUACGGCCGCGCGCGCGCCUCCUGCACCUGGCCACAGCUGGAGGACGAGCUCCGCGUGCCGCCGGUCAAAGCGGAGCCGUUCGACGUGCCGGCGUGCCGCGCCGGAGGAGCACCCGCCGACCUGAAGCACCCCACCGGAGCGCCGGUUCCCCUGGCGGCCGCCGCAGCCGCUCUGGACGCGGCCGGGCAGCUGCGCAAAUCCAAGUCGUCGCGGCGCAACGCGUGGGGCAACCAGUCGUACGCCGACCUCAUCACCCGCGCCAUCGAGAGCACGCCCGACAAGCGCCUCACGCUCUCCCAGAUCUACGACUGGAUGGUGCGCUUCGUGCCAUAUUUCAAGGAUAAAGGGGACAGCAACAGCUCUGCCGGCUGGAAGAACUCUAUUCGCCACAACCUGUCUCUGCAUACCCGCUUCAUUCGUGUCCAGAAUGAGGGAACUGGCAAGAGUUCAUGGUGGAUGCUAAACCCAGAAGGUGGCAAGAUGGGAAAGGGUCCUCGUCGACGUGCCGCCUCAAUGGACAAUGGCACAAAGUACCUGAAAUCUCGAGGCCGGAUAAGCCGGAAGAGGGCCAUAGGGAUGGGCCGAGGACUUGGCGCUGGGCCUGGGAUCCAGGGGUCCCCAGAACAUGGUAGCCCAGCUGGGAAGGGUGGAAUGGGUGUAGGGAGUGAGGAGUUUGAUGCCUGGGCAGACCUACACUCCAGAACAAGUUCCUCAGCCUCCACAUUAAGUGGGUGCCUGUCACCAAUUGUGGCUGAAGCAGAGCCAGAUGAACCAGAGGAGGGAGGGCUGUCCUGUUCUGCUUCCCCUCGCCUCUAUUCAAGCCCCACCAGUACCAGAUCACCUGCUCUGGGCACUGGGGGCCACUGUCCCUCAGUAGAGCUCCCUCAAUUGGCUGACCUUACUGGAGCCAUCAGCUUGGAAGAAGACUUCUCACAGCCACAGCAACUAAAGUGCAAUGGCUACCAUUAUGGCCCAGGACCCAAAGGGGAAACAGCAUAUUGUGGUACUGUCUAUGGUCAGCCUUCCAUGAGUAUGCUAAGGCACCAUGCUCCUAUGCAGACUAUCCAGGAAAACAAGCCAACCAGCUUUCAGCGCCCCCUAAGGGCUUACUCAGAGAACAAUGCUCUAGAGAGCCUAUUAGCUGGUGGGCCACAGUAUUGUGGAAAGGACAUGGUGGUAGGGCAAAGUCAAGCUGCCCAUUCACUAAUGUCACGGUCUAAUGGUAUCGUCCACUCUCAUGGCCAUGAUCAGAGCUGCAGUCACAAUCAGAGCCAGAAUCCCAAUCCCAAUCAAAACCUUCACAACGAUCAUGGUGCAAACCAUAAGCAGAACUCAAGCCUUCAUCACAGUCAAAAUCCCAACAAGCAUCACCCAGAUCUAGAGUACAACCAUGGUCCCAAACAUCACCCCACUCAUGACUAUGGCCAACCCCACAAGCAAAACCAUAAGCUUAACCCCAGCCCUAAUUCAAACCACAUGCACAGCCAUAUGCAGCACAGCAACACAAGGCAAUCAACACUCUCUCCCAGAGUCAACAAUGAAAUGUUGCAACCCUACAACCACAAAUCCUCCAAUCCAUAUGGCCCUCGCGCCCACCUUCCCUCUACCUCCCUACCCCCUAACCCAGCCGGCUUUAUGGAUGUGCCCCAGGACCCCUCCUUUAUGGCAUCUGCACCUCAAACCCGGCAUCAAACUUAUCCAGGUGCUCAACACCAGGGCUUGACAGAACCCUGGCACGGAUACUACCACUACCACCAUCACCACCCGGGCCAGAAUGGCAGCCACCAACCCGGUCACCACCAGCCACCUUCUAACCGAUUGCAGCAGUCAGAGAUGGAGAUAGACGUCCAUCAGAGCAGUCUGGAUGGUGAUGUGGAGUCUGUUCUUCUCAACGAUUUCAUGGACUGUACAGAGGGAAUGGACUACAACUAUGACGGAUCACUUUCACAGGGUGUUGGCAUGGGAAUAGGUCUGGGAAUGGGAAUGGGGAUGUUUGCAGGGCCUCCGCAAUCACAUAACAGCCAGAGUUGGGUUCCUGGGUAACACAGGCACUAAUGGGAAGAUUUUACCCGUAGGGCCCUGUGGGGAGGUUGGGCGGGGUCUGAUCAGGUCAGAACUGAUUUGACUGUGAUUUAUUUUUGCUCAGAGAGCCAAACAGUACAAAAGAAGGCAUUUUAAGGACGUAUAGUUGCUCGUGUCGGUGCAGUCAUUUUGAACGUAGAGUUCUCCAUAAAUAUUCUUCCUCUUUCCUCAAUCCUUCUCUCUGUGUUUUCCCUGCUGUGGAUUAGUAUAAUGGCAUUCUUUAAACCAAGCUUUGUCCUCUCUGUCCCUUGGUUCACUCUUAAAUAUCACCUCUUUCUGGUCAAAAGCUCUCAAGCACUUUACAUCCAUCUCCCUAAAUUCAGAGGCAGUAACAGCUACUCUGAAACCAGGGGAAUCAUAUUGUUUGCUGGUUCGCUGGGUUUAAUGUAUCCAAAUGACUCUGUUAUCCUUCCAGAUUGAAAAAAUUGUGUUGGUGUAUUCUUUUUUUUUCUUUUAAGUAAAAAGUUGAUCAGAUGAUGGAGAAAUAAAUAUCUGUGCUGUCAGCCAGUGUUAUGUACAUGUUGGUCAGGGUUAUGGUGUGUGUGUGUGUGUGUGUGUGUGUGUGCGCGCGCGCAUGUCCUCGUCCCAUGCAGGUUCAUUGGAUGUCUCUUUAUCCAUCUGCUAGGACAGUCAUCCAUCAGGUCCACUUUGUUGAUAUUCAGCAUAUCGUUUUUAUUUUCUAAAGUAAUGCACCAGCUAUGCAUCACUACUCCAAAUCGAAUGUGGCACUCAGAGCAUCUUUUUUUUUUUUCCAGGCAAACCAGCUUAAUGUGUUUUGGCUAGAGUGAUGAUUGAAGUCACUUUAUAGCAAAUGGUGGGGAAGACGAGAAAGAGAGGUAGACAGACAUAGAGAGGGAGGUAGACGUUGAUAUGGUGCGAGAAUGAGAGAGAGAGAGAGAGAGAGAGAGAGGAAACAUGCAAAUAAUACCCUGUUCCUCUUUCUCUCCAUCUGUGGAUUUAUGUAGCUUUCCCUGUAAUGAGAUAAGGAACGAUCCGAGGCUACCACGCUUCCUGAGCGAGGCUUUUUGUUUUUUCCUCCGGUGCACCUCUGGCCGACUCUACUGUGGCGAUCUCCUACGAUCUGAAGCACUUUGAGCUUCAACUCAACUUUACAUUAGCAUAUUGCAUUACCAUUAGACUAUGCAGUGAUUCUUUAGAUAAUCAGCGCUGAUACUGUAGAUCAGUCACAAAGCUUCUUUAACAAUCACUAGCUGUGCACUAUGAAUCCUAAUUCAGAAUAUUGCAGAAUUUCUCCUUAAAUGACAUUCUGUUGCAUCAGCUUAAUAAAGUAAGUGGUUAUAGCGUGGCGAUAACAUUGCCAAAAGACAAAACCAUAAAUCCAGACCCAGUCAGACCCAACUUCUGAGGAACGCUAUAUUGCACCGCCUUUGAAAUUUGUACACUAGUGAACUGCAUGCUAAUUAGCAACAAUCAGAAAAUGGGUGCUAUCUCCCUUUCUCAGACUUACUCCUGUCACAUCCUCUUCAUCCACUGAUUACACUUAGGGGAGAUCGAAGUAAUUAAGUGCUUACCGAGAACGAUGAUUUGUGUGCAUUUUCCAUUUUCAAAACCAACUUUUCAAUUUCGUAAUCAUGCUGCCACGCGAGAUCACCUACUGCAACCUCCUCCUCCGCUCAGACGUCUCACUGCUAACCGGCGUUCGGGCCAAAUAUCUGUCUUUGUUUUUCCUCGCAUAUUUUCCAUGUUGUGUCACUUUGUGGCGGCACGGUGGUUCAGUGGUUUAGCACUGUCGCCUCACCUCGCCUCGUUCCUCCAGGGUCCGGUUCAAUUCCCGCCGCAGGUCUGCGUGUAUGGAGUUUGCAUGUUCUCCCUGUGCUUGGUGGGUUUCCUCCAGGAACUCUGGUUUCCUCCCACAGU